UGGGGAUGCAGUGUUUUACUCGUCCUCCGUGGGGCGGAGGCGUUUGGAGUAAUGGGAAUGAAGCAGACCAUAACUACAGCUGAAUAAAUCUUCCUAGUGUAGCUUGGCACGCGCGGCGUGUUGGAGCUCUGUAAAAUGUUGUUUGAUAGGAGUUUUGAACUGUUCAGGAUUUCUUACCCACCCCCCCGCGCGCUUCGCCUCGCUUUCGUUCCGCGCUGCAGCGGUUGCAAUCAAUCAGUGUGUAAUCAGACGUCUUGCUGGAGCUGCCAGGUAAUCCUGGCUAUCGGCGCGCGUGCGCUCCCGACAGCUGGCACUGCGGCCGGGCUGCCUGUCUGGGCGAGUGGAUGGCGCCACAGAGAUAUUCUCUCUCCACAGCGGAUAAAGGCACCUGCCUAGAAUUGGAGCGUUAUCUGCAGACGGAGCCCAAGCGUCUGUCUGAACUAUUCGACCAGGACCUGGAUGGUCUCCUAACUCCGGCCUACUUAAAGGAGGACGGCGACGAAGAGCUGGCCGACACCCUGCUCCCCAGUCGGCCCGGCGUCCCCGAACCUCCCAGCCCCCCUCCAGUGAUCCUCUGCCCUGCACGGAAGAACAUACCCUCCAGCGGUGCCACAAAAAGGGACCUCAAGCCCAAAGGCCAGGGACUGGAGACUGUAGAAGGCGCCGAGGGGGUCCACCAGGCCCAGCUGAGCGCCGUCACCUCCCUGACGCCCCCGUCGUCGCCAGAACUGGGCCGGCACCUCAUCAAGUCCAACCAGACGCUGACGGCCUCGGCCGACGGGACGCUCACCCUGAAGCUGGUCGCCAGGAAGGUGGGGCUCAGCGCCGCGCGGCUGGUGGCGGCGCACGCGCUCCCCGUGCAGGUGAAGGACGAGGACGAGGGUGCUGCGUGCGUGAUAGGGGUCGGGGAGCUGCCGGAGAACAAGAAGAGGAUUCACCGCUGUCAGUUCAACGGCUGCAGGAAGGUGUACACCAAGAGCUCCCACCUAAAAGCUCAUCAGAGAACGCACACAGGUGAGAAGCCGUACAAGUGCUCGUGGGAGGGUUGCGAGUGGCGAUUUGCCCGGAGCGACGAGCUGACAAGGCACUACCGCAAACACACCGGCGCCAAACCCUUUAAGUGCAACCACUGUGACAGGUGUUUCUCGCGGUCGGAUCACUUGGCGCUACACAUGAAGAGGCACAUCUGAGGAAUUCGUGAGAGGUCAGCGAGAGCGCAAGAUAAGGGAAGGGAACGGAGGCGGGGUGGAGGAACCAGGGGUAAACAUCAUCUGAAGGAAAAUCUAAACGCUGUGGAUGUGGGAGAGCGGCACGGGAACGGCGGAUUUGGCCGCCGCGGACUGGACUCACUACAGACUACAGGUUGAUCCACGGAUCCGCUGUCAAACGCCCUCACCUCACGGAGGCCUCUCCCACGGCCGCCGCGUGGACGAUCGGGACGCUCCUUCCCACCCGGAAGCGGUGGAACGUGCGCCUGUAGUCGGAAGCUCUCUGUUUUACUUGUUCUUACGGCCUCUGCUAAUCAUCCGUUGGUGGGGGGAUAAAAAAACAAAAAAAAACGUCAGCCCUGGACAUGCAGCAGUGCUCUACGCACCAAACCGGACCAGUUGUACAGUCAUUUUGCCGCCAACAGCAGAGCGGCUGUGUGUAUAUUCAAAGUUGGCUCUCCUCGGGACACGCCCCGCGCUGAGGAGAACUGCUCGUUUCCAGCAGGAGCCACAACCUCACAGGACAAGCGAAGAAGCUGGGCUUUCACUCUCUCAAACAUGCCACAGCCUUUACAAAUCACCAAAGGGUUUAUUAUCUUAUAUAUUGGACAGACAAUAAUUUGACAAUUUUUCAUCUGACUUGUGUCACAUCUGCUAACAGGAUCCAUUUAUAAAUCCUUCUGGUUUGAUGACAUCGGCGCACUUGUCUGAAUGAAUGGCUAGAUUGGAUUUCCCCACCACUUGAAGGUGGGAGUCCUCCGCACUGAUGUGCUAUGAAGACUGAUUGAGGUCAUCCGGAGGGCUGACUUGCUUUAUGAACGUCAUCCGCUGAGGGUAACAACCAGACGAGGCUAACUAAUCUACUCUGGGAAAGACUGUUCAUCUCCUAGAAUGUCAACUGCGACGGAGCAUCCGGAGAUGCUGGACGAGUCAGAGGAGGCGUUCCUCCCCUGGAUUUUUGGUUCUACAACACAAUGUAGAGUCAGAAACUGCUGCACAAUUGACUCUUUGCAAACUUUUUUUGUAAAAAUGCCCUAAUGUCUUUUGGAACUCACUAAGCAGUGACUUUUCAUUAGAGACAGCCAAAUGCACAAGUCCGAGCAGCUCCCUAGCUGAUCAAUAAACACACUGAACGCAAACAAGGUCACUAUGUAUGUACUGUAAAGGCUAUAUUGUUUCUAAGAAAAGAUUCUCCUAUUUGUUGAACAAACACGAUUGAAAAAGAUCAUUUUGAGAAACGUGUCAGAAAUGGAUGCAGCCAAAAAAAAAAACUAAAACACAAGAGUCUACUGUAGAUGCCUGAGAUGAUCUCUUUGGUCUUUGAGAGUGAUUGGCACCUGACUAGCCACUGGGUCGAGGAGGUCCUGUGCGGUUCACGCCACCCGCUCCUAAUCCGACCCUAUGCACACUGCGGAGCGUCUCCGCAGGUUACUGGAUAUGAACAGACUUGUAGGACGACACAAAUUCGCGCAGUUGGGUCUCAGAUCCAUGUCACUGUACCCAACAUGACUAUAACAACACUUACAGUUAAUGUGGUUAAACAAUUUUGCCAAACUUGGGUUCAGACUUAUAAGUAGCCAGCCACAGCUGAUGCCACUUCCCACUUUAACCGUCGUGUUCGACCAGCAGGAGGCCACAAGUGCAGGCGUCCAGUGGGUCGCUGAAGUGUGUGGGGGGGUGGGGACGGAUCUGCUCAGUCAGCAAUGAUAACUGCCCCAUCAGCUUGUGAAGCUGCAGUGGAGUGAAACCCACGAGCGCACAGACUCGUAGGAGCAACGUGAAGAAAAAAAAAAAAAAAAAGAAAAAAAGUGGAAUUAACAUUUGUCCUUGGACGGCACAUAAAAAUCCAUUAUGCUAAAAGUGUCACACGUGUCAAAAAAGGCAGCUUGGGUAAAAAUAAAAAGUGAUUACUGUAAUAGCAACAAUUAAAUCUAAGUAUUUAUUCCAGUUUCACAAGACAUGUUAGAGGGAAACGGUGCAGCCUGAUGUGAGAGCGGGAGACACGACAUUGAUUCCAUUCAGUUUGCCAGAGGAGCAUUUCGAUUUCGGGUGUGAAUGCAGCCCGGCUCAAUCAUAUCCAGGCUUGAUCUGUCUGCAGCUCUGGAAAUAGAUCCGAAACGACUCCCGCUGCGCAUAAAUACUGCGACCGUGUCUCUUUUAAAUGUGCAAACAAGCCGGACGGCCCCGUUCGCGUUCCACGUGUAGGCGACAGGCCCCUGAACGCACCGGCCGGAGGGCGGAACCGCAACAGGAAGCGGCAGAUACACGUUUUAACUCCGAGCGACGGUUCAAGUCGCAUCGUCCAAUGGCAGCUCUACUCGCGCGUGUCAGUGUUUUCGACAGGACGCGCUCCCGGUGAAGUGAGUUUGUUGCGAAUGCGUGGCAGUGUGCGUGAGGUUUUCGUUUGCGUCCCCGCGCUCAUCACACGCGACCGAGGGAUUCGGACCCGAAGCACCCGACGUGUCGUCGUCUUUUCAUGUUCACCCAGACGUCAAAGGAACAAUUACGGCGCGCUUUUCAAAUCUGGCGCCGGAGCAGUUCCCCCUCGCGCGUGCACUCGGAAACUGGGAUUUCCAACGUGAAUGUGUUUCCUGGAAAAAGAUUGUUUCAUGUCGUCUCCGAGGAUGCAGUUCGGUUUCGUGUCAUCUUAAUGAAUGACUGUCAAAACUGCCGUGCCUGUGGGUUCUUUGUCUGUUUGUAUUUGCACUCUGACUUUUUUUGGGGAAAAAAAAUCACUUGCAUAUCUGCUUUUUCCUGUCUGCUUGUACACACACAAACACACACACACACACACACACACACACACACCUGAUCAAGCCUGUAUAGUAGCCGUUUUUUAACACACACACACACACACACACACACACAUGCUGCAUCGAUUCACACGCAGACACUCUACAGACGUUCAUUCAUUCAGCUCAUAUGCACAAGCGCGUCCUCAAACCCCGCCGUCACACACCAAACACCUGAGCGUACUCACAAACGCACGCACACACACACAUACACGGGCGCAGCCAUUCUUCGCUCUCCUUGUAUGUUUUUUCACCGUUUUUUAUUCCACCUCAUGAGAGUCACAGAUUCACUCUGCAGCUCUUGCUUGCAGCAGAGAUGGGGGGUGCAUUACUAUGUGUGGCACCACCUCUGUUUCCACCACGUCUGAAUUUCAAAUCAAACGCACCCCCGUUUUUCUACCAGCAUUCCCUCAUCGCUGCCCCCCCUCUCUUUUCUCUUCCAUUUUCUCAGAUAUGAUCCCUUUCAACUCCUCUCCUCUGUCCGACUACACCCCCCCCCCCACACACACACACACCCACCUUCUUCCUCCGUUGUCUUUUCCCUUUUUUCUUUUUUCCUGUACAAAGUGUUUCAAAUUUAUCAUUUGUAUAUUAUGAUGUAUGGGUACGAUAAUGUUCUUUAUUAUGGAAAAAUGAGAAAGAUUUAUUUUUGUUACCGGUUUGUUUCAUAAUUCCUUUUUUAAAUUGGUAUUGUAAUAUCUCUAUGCAAGGAACUGUUCGGUGAAUCGUUUUUAUUUAAGAAUGUAAUUACGUGUAAUAAAUGGUAGAAGCAG